AUGCCAAGAGCAAGAAAAGGUGCCUUGGUACAAUGUGAUCCGUCUAUAAAAGCGCUAAUUGUUCAAAUUGAUGCAAACCGAAAUGACAUCAUAUUGGAGGAACUCGAUGAUACGCACCUCUUGAUUGAUCCCACGAAGGUCGAUUUCAUAAAGACAGAACUCAACAGAUUGUUAUCGCAGAAUAUUUAUGAUCCAUUGGAUGAGGAAGACAAUCCGUGA